CAAUGGAUACCUUCCUCUUCACUUCUGAGUCCGUCAAUGAGGGCCAUCCUGACAAGAUUUGUGACCAAGUAUCCGAUGCUAUCCUCGACGCGUGCCUUGAACAAGAUCCCGAGAGCAAGGUCGCUUGUGAGACCUGCACCAAAACCAACAUGGUCAUGGUGUUUGGUGAGAUCACAACUAAGGCCAACGUCAACUACGAGAAAAUAGUUCGAGACACUUGCAGAGGAAUCGGAUUCAUCUCUGCUGAUGUCGGUCUUGAUUGCGACAACUGCAAGGUCCUGGUGAAUAUAGAACAACAGAGCCCUGACAUUGCCCAAGGAGUCCAUGGACACAUGACCAAGAAACCUGAGGAGAUUGGAGCUGGUGAUCAAGGCCACAUGUUCGGUUAUGCCACAGAUGAAACCCCAGAGCUCAUGCCACUCACCCAUGUCCUUGCUACACAACUUGGUGCCAAGCUCACUGAGGUCAGGAAGAACCGAACCUGCCCAUGGCUUCGGCCCGAUGGUAAGACGCAAGUGACCGUCGAGUACAAGAAUGAGAAUGGAGCUAUGGUCCCUGCUAGGGUCCAUACUGUUCUAAUCUCAACCCAGCAUGACGAAACUGUUACAAACGAACAGAUUGCUAAAGAUCUGAAAGAACAUGUCAUAAAACCUGUCAUUCCUGCAAAGUAUCUCGACGACAAUACUAUCUUCCAUCUCAAUCCAUCUGGUCGGUUCGUCAUUGGAGGACCUCAUGGUGAUGCAGGACUGACUGGAAGGAAGAUUAUCAUUGAUACCUAUGGAGGGUGGGGUGCUCAUGGUGGUGGUGCCUUCUCAGGGAAGGAUCCAACAAAGGUAGAUAGAAGUGGUGCCUAUAUUGUCAGGCAAGCAGCAAAGAGUGUAGUUGCUUCAGGACUCGCUCGACGCUGUAUCGUGCAGGUUUCUUAUGCAAUAGGAGUAGCUGAGCCCCUGUCAGUCUUUGUAGACACCUACAAAACAGGAAAGAUCCCAGAUAAGGAUAUCCUUGUCCUGAUUAAGGAGAAUUUUGACUUCAGGCCUGGAAUGAUUGCAAUCAAUCUCGACUUGAAGCGAGGAGGAAACUCAAGGUACCAGAAGACGGCUGCUUAUGGUCAUUUCGGCCGUGACGACCCAGAUUUCACCUGGGAAACUGUAAAGCUUCUCAAGCCAAAUGCCUGAUUGGCUCAAUAUAAUGU